GUCAUUUCGUCAGUCGACAGGUGGUCAGUGCCCAGCGGUGCUCACCCCACGUGACGGCAUCUGCCAAAUGACGAUGCGUUUUGGACGUUAUUGUGUACUUUGUGAUUAGUUCUAGAAGUUUCGAUUGUGAUGUUUUUGGUGUGCGUGGGAUGUAGAUUUGCAUGUUUUCCUUCUUAGUACGAUUGGCUUUUAAUAGUGAGUUAAAGAUAACUAGAAAAUACUUUCUGUCAAUUAAAUUUUUGAUACCUGUGUUUGAUUGUUAUAAGUAUGAUAUCAUUUUGUAGUGGAAUUGGUGACAUUUUGAGUAGCUUUUCCAUCAAUCUCACCGUGGGAGAUCAUAGGAAAGCUCUGUUAUGACAGACAAUGGCCGUUUCACUGUCUCCCACGCUCGAUUAGAAGAUUCGCGUGAGGACAAGUGACGCAACGCCAUCUAGCGGCCGCUGCGUGAACUGCGAUAAGUGGGUUCGAGUCUGGGCAAGAUGAAGCUCAACCUGUUCAAGCGGUCGAUGAUUUUCGCGACGUUCUUCGGCUCGUGUUUGUGCAUAGCGCUGAUUGUAGCGUCGCUGGGCACGCAGCACUGGGUGGACGCGACGGCAAGACGGCUUUCAAACCCCACAGAGUCGAUGGGCAGGAUAAGCUUUGGAUUGUUUGAGGGUCACAAGGAGUUGGAUUUUGGAUACAGAUCAAGGAAUGUUGAUUUCAGUAUAAAGUCGGGCACGCACCCCGCGCGGCGCUGGGCGUGGUGCGGCGCGGCGGCGCAGCUGGCGGUCGCGCUGGCGGCGAGCGGCGGCGCGUGCGUGCUCGCCGCGCUCGGCUCGGCCGCGCGCGCGCGCUGCUCGCCCAAGCCGCUGCUCGUCUGCAACUGCGCCACCGUGCUAUUCUGCCUGGGCGCGAUGUCUGUGUGGCUGACGGAGUUCUUCCUGCGGCUGCAGCACAACGUCAUGUCGGAGGAGGACCUCGCCAACAAGUGGUCCUCCGACAUGACCGCAGAGCUCGGGAUCUCCUUUUGGCUAGUAGUAGCGGCAUGUAUAGCGGCAUUUAUCAACAACGUGUGUAUUUUGAGUGCAAUGGCCGAUACGCCCGCACGUGACGCAGCGCCCGCGCUCGAGGAGAAACUUAAUGGCGCCAUCAUGCUAUACUAACCCUUAUUGCUAUAACAAGAGGGUCGCUAAUUGAGUGGCAGUAGUGGCGCGAUGGUUGACGUUCUAACAUCCUAUAAUAGACCUUAUUGCUAUACUGGAAUGGUCACAUGUCGAGUGGCAGCAGUAGCGGCGUUCGUCAAUGACGUCACGCAUACGCCAUCAUGCUGUACUAGACCUUAUUGCUAU